AUAGCAUCUCUCACUCCGUCCCUCGUCCGCCCUUCUCCCUUGUCGCUCAAACCUAGUCUUCGCCCUGAUCGUCGUCGUCUACUCACCGGCAGUCCUCGUCAUCGUCACCAUCGGGCCCUCUUCGUGGUCGUCGCCUCCAAUGCCGCUGCUCCCAAUUCUUCCGCAACUAUUUAUUCGAAGCCCUUGCAGAAACGGGGAAAGAACUUUUAUAGGUUGAUGUUCGCUGCUUGUUAUAGUGUUGCCACCAAUGGUGAAUUCAUAGUUGAAAUACAAUGA